UCAAAAAAAGCGACCCAACCCAUUUCACUCCCUCUCUCUCUCUCUCUGAAGCUCCAAAAGCAGUUGUGUGUGUGGUUCUCUCUCUUUCUCUCUCUAUCGUUUUGUGUCUCAUCCGUUUUACAAUUCGCCCGAAUUUGACCCACUCAUCACUGUAACCAUGAGUGACCAAGGAGAAAGAACCUGCCCUCUAUGUGCUGAGGAGAUGGAUUUGACAGAUCAGCAGUUGAAGCCUUGCAAAUGUGGCUAUCAGAUAUGCGUCUGGUGUUGGCAUCACAUAAUGGAGAUGGCUGAGAAGGACGAGACAGAAGGGCGGUGUCCUGCAUGCCGCAGUCCAUAUAACAAGGAAAAGAUUGUUGGCAUGGCAGCAAACUGUGAAAAGAUAGCGGGCAUGGAGAAAAAAUCGACAUCUCGAAAGGGUAAGAGUAAAACAGCUGAUUUGCGAAAGCAACUUACCAGUGUGCGAGUCAUUCAAAGGAAUCUUGUCUACAUUGUGGGGUUGCCUCUCAGUUUAGCUGACGAAGAUCUUCUACAGCGGAAAGAAUAUUUUGCUCAGUAUGGAAAGGUUCAGAAGGUUUCCAUGUCUCGAACAGCUGCUGGCGCCAUUCAACAGUUUGCAAAUAAUACAUGUAGUGUAUAUAUUACCUAUUCAAAUGAGGAGGAAGCGGUCCGUUGUAUUCAGUCUGUACAUGGAUUUGUUUUGGACGGUAGACCUCUAAGGGCUUGCUUCGGAACCACAAAAUACUGUCAUGCUUGGUUGAGGAGUGUGCCCUGCACCAAUCCUGAUUGUUUAUACUUGCACGAGAUUGGGUCACAAGAGGAUAGCUUUACUAAAGACGAAGUAAUAUCGGCUUACACAAGGAGUAGAGUUCAACAAAUUACUGGUGCCAUUAAUAGUAUGCAACGGAGAUCAGGGAGUGUUUUACCAUCACCAGCAGACGAUUACUGCAAUAACAGCUCUGCUUCUGCAGGACAACCUAUUAGUAAAACUGCUGCAAAUAAUUCAGCAAUCAAUGCCAGAAUCUCUCCACCAAAUAGCAGCUCUGGUAGAUCAGCUGCUCUUCCGACCGGCGCUUUAUGGGGAACGCGUGCAUCAAAUAACCAACUGCCGCCAGCCACUGCAUCAAGUUCUAAUGGACUGCCGCCUGCCAGCGCACCAAGUUCUAAUGGGCCUCUUAAACAGAAGGCUGAGACCUGUAGCUCACUGACAUUCUCUACAGCUGUUGCAAACACUAGUCAGGUUUUGUCAUUGCCUACUGAAUCAGGAAAGAAAUUUAUUCACAGCAAAGAAAGUGGCACUAGUCAAGAGAAAGGUAAAACAGAGAUGUUAGAACCUGUUAAGCAGUCCGCAGGCGCAGAUGAUGCAACCUAUAGUUCUGAAGAAUCCGCUAUCGCUAUAUGUACUGCUUCUUCAUUCAUGAACAAUCAACUACCUAUCACCCCAUCUUUGGAGGACAAAGGUAAACAUUUGAUCACACCAUCCAGAGCUACAAAUGCCUAUGGACCUGGUUUAUCAGAAGAUUCCUGUGAUGCCACAGAUGUUGAGAUCAAUAAUGAAUGCUCAGAUUUAUCAUCAUUUAGCAUUGAUAGACAGCAAAAGUCACUUGCCAGCUAUGAGAAAUCAAGGGAACCUUCGCCUCCUCAGAUGAAUGGGAAAUCUGUGACUGCUAUCUCAAGAGAAACGUCUAAUUUGAGACUGGAAACACAGGCUCAAGAAAGACAAGACACAACUCCUGCAAUGGAGGAUGAUUUGCUAUCUUUCAAUGCACAGAGACAUAGGGAUCCGGAAGUAAUUGUAGAGAAAAGCUACUCAUCAAGUCCUUCCAUCUCUUUACACUCUUCAGUGCAGCUUAAGGGUUAUUCUCCACAGCUUGCCAAUGGUGUUGGACCUAUUAAAGCCAACAUGCAAUCGUUUGACCAAAGAACUGAUUCAGUAUUACAGCCUUCUAGCAUUGGAGGACUUCCUAAUGGAUACCCUGAAAAUGCAUUCCAUCGUGUGGGUAAUUUGGGAAGCACUGAUGACACUUAUUAUCCACUGUCUAAUGAUGGGAAGGGGAUGAACAUGGAUAGGUUUGAAGCUGAAGCUGCUAGUGUGGACCAUAGUACUACUGUAGAUAGGGGAGAGAACAGUAUAAUAUCUAAUAUUUUGUCUAUGGAUUUUGACCCAUGGAAUGAGUCGUUAACCUCUCAGAACUUGGCUAAGUUGUUGGGAGAAACUGAUAACCAACAAGGGUCUCUUAGAGUAUCAAACUCAAGAAAAUUACAGAGCGGCAAUCAAUCAAGGUUCUCCUUUGCAAGGGAGGAGGAGACGAUGAAUCCAUUGAGUCAUCCUCAACCAUCUCUAAGUUACACUGAGAGAAGUUAUAGUCAUCAUCCUCUCGGUCAAGAUUUUCCAAAUAGCAGAAGCUAUCAGCUUGAUGGUUUUGGUACUCAGAAUGGUUUCGGUACUCAGAAUGGUUUCUCUCUAUUUAAUAAUGAGGAAUCUAAUGGUUUUACCAACAAUUAUUCUCAACUCUCUUUUAACAAGCUGUCAGGGUCGAGAUCUCAGAUGACUGCGCCUCCAGGAUUUGCAGCGCCAAACAGGGCCCCACCCCCAGGAUUUAUUUCUCAUGAUAAAAUGGAACAGAAUUACGGUUCUCUCUCUGGUAAUCACAUUCUUGAUACCACCUCCUUAUUGCGCAAUGAAUAUCAGGCUCCACCAAUUGGAAAUGUUAACAACGGGGACAUUGAGUUUAUGGAUCCUGCAAUAUUGGCAGUUGGUAAAGGGAGGGUUCCGAAUGGCCUUAAUGUCUCAAGUAUAGACAUGUCUUCAAGUUUUCCUCCACAGCUUAGUGCUUUUGAAAAUGAAGCAAGACUUCAGUUGCUGAUGCAAAGAUCUCUCUCUCUGCAUCAGAACCAGAGAUUCAGUGAUAUGGGGGAUAACUUUACUCCAUUCAAUGAUGCUUAUGGAAUUUCUUCCAGGGUUGUGGAGCAAACUCUGGCCAACAAUCUUUCACCAUUUUCACAGCUCAAUGUUACCCAGAGCAGGAACUCUGUCAUGUCAAAUGGCCAGUGGGAUGGCUGGAAUGGUGUCCAAAGUGCAAACGAUUUGGGCAUGGCUGAACUCCUCCGAAGUGAAAGGCUGGGUUAUAACAAGUUCUUUAAUGGAUAUGAGGAAUCAAAGUUCCGCAUGCCCAAUUCAGGCGAACUGUAUAACAGAACAUUCGGGAUAUAAUUAUGCUUGUGUGAUUGGCUGGGCUUGAGUAGUUGUGGACGAAACGAUGAAUUGGAAAGAUCAUGUGUGACUAACAGACGUGCUUGAGAUGAUCAAAGUUACGAUGAUGCUCAGUGGUGGUAAUAACUCAAUGGAUAGCUGUGAGGAAACUUGACCGACUUGCAUUCUAGAAGGAAGCUCGAUUCAUGACCGUCUGAAAACUGCUUUCUGAUUGGUGAAGGAUGAAAUCCUCGAAAACAGGAUGUCCAGAUACCAACAGGUGAAAGCUGAGAUCGGGGCUCAACACGGUGGUUUAGUCAGGAUACCAUGUGUGAUUGAGUUGGCAGGUGACACGGGAGUGGAGAAUCAGGUUGUCACACACACACACACUCUACUUGAAAGCAUUGAGAGACAAUGCUCAUUUAAAAUGCUGGAGCUUGAUUGCAAUAAUGCAAAUAGUGAAAUUUUGCAAAUAUAAGUCAAAGAAAAAUAUAUCUGUUACCGAACUUUCUCCUAAUUAUUUUUGGAAAUGAUGAAGUCGCUUUUAUGUUGAGAAGUGGAGGAGAUUAGUCGUCCUUUGGUUGUUACUCAGAAAAAAACUGGGCUCGAAUAAAUUAAGGUGUGUGAGAGUGCUUUUAAAUA